AUGCAUCUGCUUCUUCUGGCUCAGCUCGGUAGCGUAGCUGCGCUAUAUGGAAAGAACUCGCCCGUGAUGCAGCUCGACCCAAAGACAUUUGACGCUGCUGUCAAACAGACAUCCAAGAUCAGCUUUGUAGAGUUCUUUGCUCCUUGGAAUCUGGCUCCCACAUAUGAGAAGGUGGCAGCAAGUCUCAAGGGAAUGGUCAACUUUGCCGCUGUGGAUUGCGACAAUGACUCCAACAAACCGUUGUGCGGCGAGUACCAGGUUCAGGGAUUCCCAACCAUCAAAAUCAUGAUUCCAGAGGUUGACAAGAAUGGCAAGCACAGUGUCCGGGUUGAAGACUACAAAGGGGGCCGCACUGUUGCAGCCAUCGCCGACUUUGCCGUACGCUUGAUGCCCUCCAGGGUCAGGAAGCUCAAGUCCGGCGAGAUCAGCGACUUUUUGUCAAAGGAAAAUGCCACGACCAAAGUGUUUCUGUUUUCCAAGAAGGGCGCCACUUCGUCCAUCUACAAGUCUCUCUCGACGUCCUUUGACGAUGCCAUCUUUGCUCAGGUUCGCAACGAAGUCACGGACGCCGUUGAGCUCUUUGGAGUCGACACCUUCCCAAAGCUUCUUGUUGUUCCUGGUGGUCAGACAGAGCCUGUUGUAUAUGACGGAGAGAUGAAGCUGGACCCCAUGCGAAAGUUCAUCGCCGAGUAUGCCACACUCCUGCCAGAAGCCACUGAAAACGAGUCAAGCAGCAAGUCCGCCAAGGAGGCCGAGGAGGCAGCCAAAAAGAAGGCUGCAGCUGCCGAAGCGUUCCUCCAGUUUGACAAGGUGGAGACUGCCGAAGAUUUGGCAUCUAAAUGCCUAUCUGCCGGGCAGAAAAAGUCGUGUGUCCUUGCCCCUGCACCCUUGCUAACAGAUCUCAACUUCAAGGUCAAGCAAAAGGAGUUCAAGUUUGUGGAAUACGCAGGAGAGGCAGCGAUGGUGCUCCAGAUGCUGUCCAUUCCUACUGAUGAGGUGGUAUUCAUCAACGGCAAGAAGGGAUGGUACAUUGUCGCUGAAGGGUCGCCAAGGACAAAGGUCGACUUGCAAGAUUGGAUCGAUCGCGUUAAAGCUGGCGAUCUGGCUUCAAAGAAGCAAGAGUUUGUCAUGAAGAAGGACGAGCUCUAG